AUGGCGCUGACCUUCAUGACAAAAGUGGUCAACUAUGGAGUUUGGAUGUUCCUGAGCGUAGCUUUGAUUAUCGUGUCCGUGGUGACGGCUCUGCUCAAUCACGUGCAAGCCUACAAGUCUCAAAAGAGAAGUUCCUUCGUUAGGAGCAUCAGUGAUGCCACGUGGAUGUAUGUGGAGAACCUUUUCCUUGAGGCAACGGCUGAACCUGCCCAAGGAGGCGCUCAGCGCCUGCUGAGCACUGUGUGGUGGCUGGCCACGUUGGUGCUGAUGAAUGCCUUCUGUGGACACAUGCGGGCUUGCCUCAUGAUCAAGUCUGAAGUGGAGAAGAUAGAGAGCGCCGAAGACCUUGUAAGCCGACCACAGACGGUGCCGUAUAUGUGGUUGGGAACAUCUUAUGUGGCUACUGUAGCGAAUUCGACCAAUCCAGCUCAACACAAAAUUGGACGCGUCAUUCGAGACAGACGCACAGCAGUUCCGGUGCAGGAGCUGUACGGCAGGAACCUCCUGGAAAAAGUGGCCCAGGGCCGAGCUGCCAUCAUCAGUGACGCCACCUCUCUAGCUUUCCAGGUGUCAUCCCAGUGCCAGGACUUCGUGGGCGCCGAAUACUACUUGGCCCGCGAAGGACUGGUGUCCCAUCCCCUCAACAGCUUCGCUCGCAAGGACAUCGACCCAGAACUAUUCGCCAACAUCAACAAAAUCAUCCGGCGACUUCUCGAAGCGGGGCUGGUCAACUACUGGUGGGGCAUCGCCAUGGGCGACAUGGGUCCCUGCGGAGGAAACUCUCCUUCGUCUCCGGGUCCCGAACAGGCGUCAACACUAACCUUCGACAACGUGAUGGGAGUGUUCGUGCUGUGGCUCGCGUGCGUCGCUGCCUCCUGCGUCGCUUUCGUAGCCGAGACCAGCAUGCCGGGCGUGAACAGCCAGAGGAGAUCGAAAGUCACCGUGGCGGGGUGGCGCGGGCGACGCUUCAGGCGACUACCACGAACCCGCAGGGUCAUAUAA